UCCGUGAGCAGCGACGCCCUCGAUGACCGCGCCGUUGAUCAAUACCGUGCUCUGAAUUGCUCCGAACGACGCGCGUCAAAAUAACGUUAUCAAGUUAUCGGAAAGCCCAGGCUUUUCCACAAUGAAAAAGUGAUCUUAAAAAGUUGAGAAAUGAUCGAAAAAUUGUUUUAAACUGCAGGUGAUGGUGUAGAAGUUUUCUUCAAGAAUUGUUAUCAGUAAACGGCGCAUGAUAAGACGAAUUUUUGGGAACGGAAAUACUAGCAGGACUUUCAAGGAUUUUGGGUAUCAAGUGGAAGAUCGAUUCACCCCAGAAUGGCGAAAAAUUCCAGCGAAAGUAGAAUUCCUCUUCCACGAGCGUCGAGACCAUCAUUUCUGCCAAAACUUAAAAUAAUAUCACCUUUGAAGACCACUGGAGCUGGUGCUGGUGGAAAUUCGAGGAGGUCUUCAAUUUUGAGUUCAGGGGGCUUCCUGUCUCCGGAUAUUCAUGACGAUAUUGGGGGUGGCAACUCGAGGAGAUCGACUAUUUUAGCAUCAGGAGGUUUCUUCCCUUCGGAUAUUCAUGAGGAUAUUGGGGUGAAAACACCCAGAGCUAGAUUUUCUUCCGGGCCCUGCUCCUAUUCAACGCCUGGCGGAGGAGAACUAGGGCGGGCUCCCCAUGCAGCCUCCCCAAUCUGGAAGCUCAAGAAUGAAUCUCUUCAGCAGGAGUCCUCCAUGGACCGUCAGGAGGAUGACCCAUUCGGCUCCCUCAAUGGCCAACUGACUAUGCUCGAGGAUGUUGGUAACAGCUGUUUAGUGGAGACAACUGUUGGAAGUACUCUCAGCGACAUUAGCACCAGUAACAUCACCGGUUGCUUGUCAACCCAUCAGUAUCUCUCUCUAAACAAACAAAACUCAUUUGAGCACGACGAGAGCCUCGGCAUUCUCACGCCGGAUCAGAUGACGGAUUUUUCAGUGGCCCUCGGAUGUUCUCGCACGCCCUCGUGUGAGAAUCUCACUGGUUUACGUGGCGUCCCAGCACCAACAACGACUUCUUCAUCGCACAGAUCAAGGCCAACAGAUAUACAAUUUGGAGAUAAUCGUGGGGCUGUUUUGCUUUGCGAGCGUUCACCAUCGCUCGAAGAGCUUCCACUAGAUCCAAAGCCCUUGGAGAGUGAGAAAUUAGUCGAAGGGCUUUAUAUAGAUCAACAAGUGGCCCCUUCAACCGCUGUAACAAGUGCUGCCUCUGCAGUGACAUCAGUGACGUCAGCGGCGUCCCUGCCGAUGAGUUUCGUCACAUCUGUCACAAGUAUCACGAGCCUCGAGGCGGGUUACCAAGGGGACGGUGAGAAUUCCCGGCCCGCGAGUCGUGGCCCAGCUCCACCUGGAGUGAAUCCUGGCAGUUUAUCCGGUAAUUUACCUGCUUCCUGUCAAGCCUGUCUUCUCCAAGAUCCAAUGACUGAUUCGGAUUUUUUCACCGAGAGCGAUGCCGAUGCCCACGAAGAUAUGGGUCGCGGUGAUCGCCGGGCUCAGGUAAUCGAUGGCACUCUCUUUUGUGCACCAGCUGAGCCCCGUAGACGAUGUCCAAGUUUUGCUGGUGAGGAGAUGGACUCGAGCGGGAUUUAUUCGGAUCUUGAUAAACGACAGGAUGAGAGGUUCAAUGGUGAUGAGCAGGUGAGCGGGGAUCAAACGCCGGAUACUGCCAAUACACCGGAUACCGCUGAUACCGCUGACACACAAGUGUCACAGAAAAUCCAGUUGACGCCCAUUCCGAAGACGGAGAUGCCCGCGGUGAUAAUGGAUUUUUUGCAGGUUCCGAAAAAUCCACUGGAUUCAACGAGCGACUCCAACUCUUCAGGUGGCCACGAGGUCACAGUUAUUCAUGUAGAAAAGACUGUAGAUACCAAUCGUAGCAUUACGAAAAUCCAAGGAAAAGUAGAGCCUUCCCCCCUGAAGAAAUAUAAGAUGCCAAAGAAGAAUGUUGAAUCGAAGAUAAAAGCGAUGAUUGGAUCAACAGCUAAAGAAGAUUUGCUUAAAGAACCAAGGCGCGUGACAAGAAAUCGUAAGAACGGUCAUUGGGAUGCAGUAAUGAGUAAGAUUGAAGCGGGUAAAUCUGAGCAGCGAUUGAGGCCACAGCGCAAGGAAGUCAAGUCCCGAUUUAUGGAAAGCCUCACAUCAGCUGCUCCCUCAAGUACUUCCGCAAUAUCGUCAUCAGGGGGAACAAUUGCUACGUCCAAACGGUUACCAGGUGAUGCAAACAACAAUGCGAAAGACAAAAGGCGAUUCCGAGGGCGUCAGGGUAUAAAUUCUCCUAUUCAAGAAACUGCUCGCAGUUCUGUUCGCAGCUCAAUGAGCGAUCUGAGCAGUGGCCUCAGCAAAGAAACCAUCUCCAAACGAUCCAUAACAGCAGUGACUCAACAACGAAGAACCGUCAAUGGUCGGACGACCCUCAAGUCCCGCGUCUCCAGUAAUGAUGCCAAAAAAGCUGGGACACUUGACUUAUCGCCGCUCAAUCUUGAAAAAAGCCCAGUGCCGAUUCGCAAGUCGACAUUGGCACGACGUUCAGCAGCAAACAAUGGAAUUGUUCAUUCUCUGAAACAAGUCGCAUCAGCACCCGCAUCAGUCACAAAAGAUUUAGUGAGGAGAGAAUCUAAUUCCAGUCCACCUAUUUCAGCGAGGAUUUCUAUUGAUACUCGUCAACAGGCGUCCCAGACUUAUUGUGAGAAUGAGUCAUUUAGGAUUAAAAGAACGGAGAAUGCUGUUGACGCUCUCUGUUUGACCAUUCAGUAUUUAGCGAGACAAAACGAAGAGUAUUCAAAGGAAGUACAACAAUUGCUGUGUGACUCCAGAGCAGCUAAAACAGCUCUGCAGGAGACACUCGCCUCCGAGCGUGAAAAUCAUCUGAAAGCCCUGAACCUUCUUCGAGGGGAGUUAGAAGCCGAAUACACUGGACGAAUCUCAAGUCUUGAGAACGCAUUGCACGAAGAACGAUUGGCCUUCGAGGUGCGAUUGAAAACCUCUCUCAAUGAGCUGAUAAAGCAGUACGAAACUGCUUUGGAAAAUCUGAGAUCUGAGCACUUGUCAGAGCUCGAGCACAAAUUGGCCACGGCAAACGUACGGGAAACUCCUCAAGAAUUGUCCCCGUCAGUCCUCGCAGAUGGUCAGGUUAAGAGGGAAUUACAGACUUUAAAAUCCUGCAUCAAGCCAAUUUUAAUAAUGAAACAACGGGUGAACGGCAAGCUCAGAGAGGAGAAUAGUUCAUUGAUGAAAAAACUAAAGGACAAGGAAUUGAAAAUUCAGAGUCUUGAGACUGAGCUCGAAGAGUCUAGAAAAUUAAACAAUGUGAUGAAUUUAGAGACUAGUAGCGAUCAGUCUUCAAGCCUCCAUGCUGAAGUUUGGUCUCUGCGAUCAGUUUUAGAGUUACGAAGUCAGGAGAAUACCUCAAUGAGGAGUGAGAUUGAAAUACUGCGACGUGAAGUCGAGGGUAAAGACACUCUCGAACAAAAAGUGGAAUCCCUCGAAGCCAGAUGUGAAGAUCUCAAAGCUCAACUGCAGAGCAAAGAGGCUUUCGAGCGAGACAUAUCUCACCAGAAUGAAGUUCUCCUGGGUUCAUUUCAUGAGGUGUCAAAGCACAACAAAAGACUCACACAGAGAAACGAAGAACUCCAAUGGCGAUUGAGACAGAAGAACGAAGUUGUGAGUGUUUUGGCAAAUCAGUUAGCAACUCCGGACAGAUUGACAAGGUCAUUGGGUGCCGAGCAUAUUGAUCAUUCAAUAACCCCAGAGAAGAAUUCAGCGGCUUCGUCGAUGAUAAAAUUUAUGGUGCAGAAGGGAGAUUCUGUCUCAUGGACAUUGGCGAUUGAUGAGACCUCAAAUCCUCUACCCAAUAACGAUAAGACACCGACGGUUUCACGACAGCAUUCCUUGAGGAGAACUUCAAGAAAAUCAUUAGAUGUCCGAGCGAGAUCCAAGAGUAUUUCUACUUCAGAUGAUAUGCGGGAGGAUGGCUGGGCCCCUUCUUACAACUCAACACCGCUUCCAAUAAGAAGGAGACCCAGGAGUGAUCCUACAACCACUCCAGGAGAUCAGACCCCUCACAGUGUUGCUAAUAAUCAACAAACAGCUGGACCUAGGCCUCAAGAAGCUGGGGGAGAAGCCAUGAUUUCCGAAGAGACAUCCGCUACAAGCAGUGAGGAUGAGUCCUCAGCUAGCACUGACAUGCCCCGUCUUGCUAUGGAGUUCGCAUGGACUAAUCCUGUCGAGUGAAAUCAACAUAAACGUCGGGUAAAAUUCUCCCUGCAAUUCUGAGAAGGAUAAUUAUCCAUAUAAUUCAGUUCUCUGAGCUCAAAAACAGAAUGGGAGACUAUUGUAGGUUUCUUUGUAAUGGAAAACCUGUUAUUCAACUUGAGAUAUUUUUGGGAGAAAUCAAUAUUAUUUCAGUAAAGUAACGAGAACGAGAUAUGUGAUUUUUUUUACAUUACAUCAGGACAUUAUGAAUUUUUAAACUCAUUCAAUCGAGCUCAUUGGCAGUGAAUUUUAGUCAUCUCGUCUUACUUAAUUAAAAAUGUGAAUACUGCAAUCGCUCUACUUUCUUAUUUUUAUUUGUUGAUGAUCUAUGAUCCAAGUUAAUUUAUUACUUUCCGUGUGAUCAACGUGUGUUUACUGGCAGUUUGUGUCUAAAAAUGAGUGCCUGAAAUCCUGUCCGCGUUUUUUUUUGCUUCUUUUGGGGCAAUUAAAGGAAGUCAAGGACGACUAGAAACGGAUAUUUUAAUGGAAAAUAUGGUGUUCUAAUGACCAAAAAAGAUUUUCACAACAAAAUUGCAUUUUUUCUUCCUUAUAAAAUAUUUUAUUUUUUUUAUCACGUUUGUAAAUAUUUGAUGUUAAUGAUUAUCAUUGUGUGUUUAGUUUACAAAAUGAAUUUUCCUGUACAUAUAUAUACAUAUGAUUGUAUAUUCAUAGAUUGAUUCCAUCGUAUUCAUUUUUUCUUACAAAUUCUUGAUUUCAAUUUAAGUCGUUCAUGGAACAAGAGUAAAUUCAUGUGAUUGAUAAUGUUAGAAUUCCUAUUUGUCACUUCAGAUUAAUAUGGACUUAAUAUAUUAUAAAAAUAUGUCAUUGGCGUUCUGGGAACUCGAUGAGUUCCUUUUUUACACGUGAUUAACGAUAUUACAAUAUGAGAAAAAUCUUCAAAGGUUUAAAAGUAAAUUUAGCGGAUAAACUCAAGUAAAAUGCUAUGGAAAUUUAGAAUUUAGUGAAGAAACAAAUAAAAGUAUUAUGGGCUCGA